AUCGUAGGCAGAGAAGAAGGAGAGAAACUAUAUUUCCAUUUAACUCAUAAAGAGAAAAACCAUAUUUCCAUUUAAAACAUUUUAUCAUUUUCAUGGCAAUUAAGGACAUAAAUCUCCUCUCCUCUUCCCACCUUUAUCCUAGCCUCGUUUACCUUGCUAUAUCAUUUUCCUUCAUCUUCUUCCUCGUCUACACAAGAAAACCAAGCAAAUCCAAGUUUCCUCCGGGAAGUAGAGGAUGGCCGAUCAUCGGAGAAAACUUGGAAUUCGCCAUGGCUGCUUGGCAUGGAACCCCAGAAAAGUUUGUCAAUGAUCGAAAAGGAAAGUAUAAAUCGGAUAUAUUCCAAACAUCAAUUCUUGGUGAACGGAUGGUUGUUUUCUGCGGUGCAGCAGCAAACAAGUUUGUUUUCUCCACUGGAAAUCAGUAUCUCACCGCCUGGUUGCCUCUCUCAGUAAAGAAAACCAUGAUGUUCCCUGAAACUCUGAGAAACUCUUCGGAGGAUGAAUCUGACAAUAUGCUUCAUGCUCGGAGCUUGAUACGCGAAGGUCUCAGGGCAGAAAGCCUAAAAAAUUAUAUUCCUGUAAUGGAUUCUAUGGCCAAAGAGCAUUUGCAGGAAAAUUGGUUUCCCAACAAACAAGUCAAAGUUGUUGAAUUAACAAAGAUCUUCACAUUUUCAGUGGCUUGUAGAUUAUUUCUGAAUAUCACAGAUUCUCAGCUCGUCAAAAGACUGACGGGUCCAUUUGCUAUUCUUUUCGCGGGAACCUUAUCGCUGCCCGUAAAUUUUCCGGGAACCGCCUUUUGGAGAGCUCUCAAAGAAGGAAGGAUCAUUCGGAAGGAGCUUCUGGGGAUUGUCAAACAGAGGAGGAAAGAUGUAAAGAUUUCAGAAACAAAUGAAGACUUAUUAUCUAGAGCGAUCCUUGCAUUAGGCGAUGAUGAUGGAGAUGAAAUGAGCAUCAAAGAAAUGGAGAUUGGGAAUAUUGUUAUGUCCUUACUUGUUGCAAGUUAUGAUACAACAAGUACUUCACUCACCUUUUUCGUGAAUUAUCUUGCUGAAAAUCCCCAUGUCUACAAAGAGGUCUUUAGAGAACAAAUGGAAAUUGCAAAAUCAAAAGGUCCGGGAGAGCUAUUGAAUUGGGGAGACGUUCAAAAGAUGAAGUAUAGCUGGUGCGCAUGUUGCGAGUCAAUGAGGCUAUCACCUCCUGCUCAAGGGGCGUUUCGAGAGGUUACAAAUGACUUCACUUUUUCAGGUUUUACCAUUCCUAAGGGGCUUAAGGUACAUUGGACUGCAUAUUCAACACAUAAAGAUCCGAAAAUUUUCCCAAAUCCAGAGAAAUUUGAUCCAUCAAGAUUUGAAGGGAAUGGUCCUCCACCAUAUACUUUUGUACCAUUUGGAGGAGGUCCUAGAAUGUGUCCAGGCAAAGAAUAUGCUCGGUUUGAGAUACUUGUUUUCAUUCAUAAUUUGGUCACCAAAUUUGAAUGGGAGAAAAUUAUUCCAGAUGAAAAGAUCGUUUACACCCCAUUGGUUACACUAGCAAAUGGCCUUCCAGUCCGUAUCAAGCCUCAUCAUCAAGACUGAUCGGUAUAAUUCUCAACGUUUUAUUGGUUUGUGUGGUGUGCUGCUUCCAUAGUCCUCCUUCUCGGAAGCUGUUUCUUAAAGUAUGUUGUAAUACAAAAGACUCUGAAGUAGUUAUAGAGGUGUUAGUUGUACCUCAAAAAAUGUCCGAUAACUUUUGUUAAAUAUCUUUGUUCAAUGAAGUUUAUGCUAGUAUGCUAUAACGUUUGGAUAUUUCUAUAUGAUUUGGAAUCUCGGGUUGUUACCGAGUAUUUUGUUAAA